UCCAGCUCCAUUAAAGAAGGGCCUUGUCUGUAACCACAGCUGUCACUUAUGGUCCCAGCGGUGGGGAACUUUGCUGGGAUCACACAGCAGCUUUAACUCAUGUGUUAUUAGAAGUGGAUUGUUUUGAAAACAAAGCGCACUGUGAGGACAUCAAAGGAGACUCACUCCUGUCAUCUUAAGUCUCUGAAGGUGGAGCUGAAGGUUUUCCUGGGGGAGCUCCCUGUCCAGCACUGAAACCCUGAAGGCCAGGAUGAUCCUGCCCAAUGCCACAGCCGUGACGCCCUUUCUGACCACGCUGUGGCAAGGGACAGUUCAACAGGGCAGCAAUUCAUCCGGCCUGGCCCGCAGGGCCCCCGGUCAUGAUGACAGCAGGCUGGCCGCCCUCUACAUCCUCAUGGUGCUUGGCUUUUUCGGCUUCUUCACGCUGGGCAUCAUGCUGAGUUACAUCCGCUCCAAGAAACUGGAGCACUCCCGAGACCCAUUCAACGUGUACAUCGAGUCUGACGCCUGGCAGGAGAAGGACAAGGCGUACUUCCAGGAGCGGAUUCUGGAGAGCUGCAGGGCGUGCUACGUCGUUGAAAACCAGCUGGCUGCCGAACGACCCAAUGCAUACCUUCCCGAGAGGAAGCCUUCGUUGUGACCCGCCACAACUGGUUUAAACUAGACCGAGUCUCCCUGAUGAUCUGGUUUUUCUAAUCACAAGGUCCUUGUACUCUUUAUCAUAUGGAUGUAAUUGGUUUUUUUUUUUUCUAUUGUAAGGGGUGAGGGGUGGAUUAACAACACUAUAUUUCUAGAAAUUACAUUCCUCCUCUAACCGAC